AUGGUUGAUGCGGAAUCACUUGCGAUUGUUCUCGGAUUCCAGUCGGAACAAAAAGCCGGCCUAGUAGCUAUCAAAGACUCUCUGUUCCCAGCCAAUCGAUACUCGACCAACUUUUUGAGGUCCUGCUGCGAGUUUCCUGCCGGCCUCCCAGGCAUCAAUUCGCAAGAUCGAGCUUUGUAUGAUGCACGGCUUGCUUCCACUCUGGCAGGGAAUCCGGUUCCUCCAGAACAAGCCUGGCAAGAAAAUACGUUUAUCAUUAAAGAAUAUAUAUCAGCAUCCUCGCUUCUUGUGAGUCCGAUUAGAACGGAUGUCGCAAGUUCUCAGCCUGCUCAAAUUGUACCAGCUUCUCCAGCCAGUUCAGUUGUCGGUCUCCAAAACACAGCUUCCCCUAUUCAACGCCAAUUUACACCAACAUCCCAUUUAUCCCCUCAGUUUAUCCCUCCUCCUCAAGCUUCCCAGUACCCAGCCUCGCUGGAAUUACUAGCACGACAAGCCCGGCAAGCCCAACCUCUUCCCAUGAACUAUGGACAAAACACGAUCCGACCGCAGUACUCGCCUAACAAUACUUUUCAACAAUUCCCCGGACUAGUGCCCCAGCAUGUAUGCCAAGCUUUGCCUCACAUUACAACCCAACAUGUGAAUCCAAGUCAGUAUCGAUCUCAGUAUCCUGUCAACGGAGAGCCCCAGCCCAGUCAUGGAGCGGGAACUCAACUGCAUCCGCAUUAUCAAUCCCCGGUUACAAGCCAUCAUGGACAUCCAGGUGGACGUCAAAAUACACCUACUGCCAUCCCUCAGCGCAUCGCAAGGACAACAUCACGGCCGCCACUACAAUCCCUACCAUAUGCUUCGGCUUUAAUUCCCUCCCAUUUUGUAGUGCCGUCGAACUCCCGGGUAGCACGGCCCGCUAAUAUACCUAUUCCAGCUCAAACUCACCAUCAACAACAAAUAGCCUUGUCUUCCCCCUCGUUUUCUCCCGGCCGACGUGGAUCAGACACGCUUCUGCUCCCACAUUCCGGGGCUAUCAUUCCAGAAUUGGCACGCCCAAAUCCCAUCUUAGUCGGGUUGCACCAGAUGCCCUUGAGAGUUGGAGUUCGGGAACUUAUCGAUGAUAGCAAUGAUCCUUCGAAACGGCUCCUGAUUUACCCCCAUUCUUUUGCCGUAUCCCCUUUCUACCUUGGUAAACAGCAAAUAAACUUUUCCUGCUCAUUGACCAUAUCCCCCGACGAAUUCAAGAUAUUUCCGGCUGAAUUACCUGCUGAACACGGUUACCCCAUACAAGGCCACACCUCAGGAACCCGAACAUAUCAACUAAAGUGUGUCAAAUUAAACUCGGCCAUGGAAGAUUUGUCUGAUGCAAAAUGGACAACAAUGGACUGCUCUUGGCCUGAUGCGAUAUAUAUCCAUGUCAACGACACAGAACAUUUUGUUUGUCGCAAGUUUCACAACGGCAGGGAUUUGCCCCUCCACAUCACAUCGUCUCUGAGGCAAGGUGACAACAAAAUCACAUUAACAUGUUUACGAAAAGCAGAUGAACGCAACCAGGAGUUUUAUGCUGUAGCCAUUGAGACACUCGAAUCAAUGGAUUGUGCUACUGUGCGGAAAUCCAUUAAAUCUCUAUCAAAGACUACUUCUAUCGAUCGAAUUAUCAAAACAAUUGAAAACCCAGUGGGCGUCGACGACGAAAUUGCGAUUCUUGGUGACUACAUUGCUAUAAAUUUAAUUGAUCCGUUCAUGGCGCGUAUUUUCGACAUUCCAACUCGAGGGAAAUUUUGUUCCCACUGGGAAUGCUUUGACCUGGAUACCUUCCUCAGCACUCGUAUGACAGUGAUAUCAAAUGGACACGGAAUGGUGGAGAAUUGGAAAUGCCCAAUAUGUCGGAAAGAUGCACGGCCAUCAUCAUUGGUCAUUGAUGAAUUCCUACUUGACAUACGCGCACAAUUAGCUCGUCAAAACAAGUUAAAUGAAGUAAGGGCCAUUUUGGUGCUGAAAGAUGGCAGUUGGAUUCCAAAGAUUGAGCAGGCUGCAACAACAAAUCAGCAAGGCAAGGUGCUGCAAGCAGAAGAAAUCAGAAAAUGUGAGGUUCAAAGUCCCAAGGUUCCCCAAACAUCAACAAAAGGCGUCGCACAAGAAGUUAUUGAAAUUGACUAA